CCUCGUGUGUACGUGCAUGUAAGGUAGAGACGUCUGGUAACAGCGAGCAGCUAUAAAAGACCCAGUGCGUGUGGUGUUCUUCACACUCAGCAACAUGUCGCUCUUAGCACAGGUCAUCCUCGCUUCAGCUGUGGCUCUCGCUGCUAGCCAGUGCCCAGAUGAAUUCUUCGAGGCCGGAAGUGGAUGCUACGCUGUCAUAGACGAGCCAGGGCAGAACAUAACCUGGAGUCAAUGUCGCAGCCUCUGUCAGGAACUUAAUGCAGAUAGUGACCUGGCAACCUUCGACAACGCUGAACAGCUGGCAGCUUUCUCACUUGCUUGGCUCACAGAAGGUGCUUCAUAUGAAGACUAUCCCUACAUGUGGAUAGGUGUUAGUAAGGUGGACGGGGAAUGGCAGUCGCUGGACGGGAAGCCGGUAUCCCUACAGAGCGACAUGUGGGGAGAAGGUCACCCACAUGAGAUGGGAACAUCUGCUUUCCUCAUUGAUGUCACAAUGGCAAACGGCAUUGAGUCGUACGGUCGUCAGUACUACCAUUGUUCAAUGGGCACUUUUGAGUUCCACAGACGCUGUCUAUGUAGGUCUCAGUAAACCUUCAACUGAAUCACGAUGCUAACACUCCUGCUAAAAAUUAUACAUCAAGAUGUGAGAACUACUGUGUGUUAAAAACUAUCUUAACAUUAUAACAUAGAUGGGUUUGUGUUGAUUUAAUAAUAAAACUUAAUGACUGACGUGA